AAAAGAUCACUAUCCACCAAUCUAACAAAGUUACUCUCAUCCUUCAUCGUACUCUCUUUACUCAGUAGGAAGCAGAUAGAAACAAUGUCUGAAAAGGUGGGACCGAUGGGUGGUAACAACGGAGUAGCAUUCGACGAUGGGGUUUUCGAUGGUGUUAAGAAAAUAAUUAUUGGAAAAAAUAUUCGCAAUGUAAAUUAUAUCAAGAUCGAAUACGAAAAGGACGGAAAAUUUGAAAUCCGUGAACACGGAACAAAUCGCGGUCGAUUACAAGAGUUUUCAAUGGAUUAUCCGAGUGAAUAUAUCAUAGCCGUUGGUGGAGGCUACGAUGAUAUUUUCGGUUAUGGAGCAGCAUUGAUCAAAUCGUUACUCUUCAAAACCUCUUACGGAAGAACAUCUCCCAUACUAGGUCAUAUGACGUUAUUAGGAAAUCCAGUUGGGAAAGAGUUCAUGCUCGAGGGUAAAAAUGGAGGAAAACUCAUUGGUUUCCAUGGACGUGCUGGUGAAGCUCUUGAUGCCAUUGGACCUCACUUCUCUGUUGUGGAUUCGUCUCUUAAGCACUUUAAACUUCAAGGUGGGAAUGGAGGGUUUGCUUGGGACGAUGGCGCUUUCGAUGGUGUUAGAAAAGUGCUUGUUGGACGAAAUGGUAAGAACGUGGGUUAUGUCAGGUUUGAGUAUGCCAAAGGCCAAAGAACCAUACCGCAUGCUCAUGGGCAUAGACAAGAAGCCCCACAAGAGUUUGCGGUGGAUUAUCCUAAUGAACAUAUUACAUCCGCGGAGGGAACAAUCGAUGUUUAUCUUACGUCUCUUACGUUUAAGACGUCAAAAGGAAGAACAUCCCCUGCUUUUGGGACUGUGGUUGGUAGUAAAUUUGUGUUUCAGGAAACAGGUUUUAAACUUGUUGGAAUUUAUGGUCGGUCUGGUAAUGUAAUUGAUUCUCUUGGUGCAUAUUUUGCCCCUCUUCCCGCUCCAGCUCCAUCUCAGGUUCCCAAAAACAGUGUGACCAAGAUCUACAUUUCAUCUGGUAAUGGAGGAAUUGAGCAAAUCAAGUUUGAUACUGUCGAAAACGGAGAGACAGAGGAAGGACUGUUGCAUGGUGUGAAGGGUACAAAUGUCAUUUCUGCGGUUGCCGUAAGAAAUUAUCCUGAUGACUAUCUCGUUUAUGUCGAGAGUUGGUACGAUUCUUCCAAUGUCUUCCAAGGAAUCAAGUUCAAAACCGACAAGAACACUUCUGAGUUCUUUGGUUAUAAACUUUCUGAGGAUGAUGGUACACCGUUCUCUCUUCAUGUCAAGGAUAAGAAGAUCACUGGCUUUGCUAGAUUCGCUAAUUCGAAUCUCAAUUUUCCUGGAACUUACUUUGUACUUAACCAUUCGGCCUUGACUCCUUCUACUGCUAAGAAGCUACAAGCAAAAGGUGGUAAUGGAGGUGCUUCCUGGGAUGAUGGUGUUUUCGAUGGUGUUAAAAAGAUACUUGUAGGUCAAGGAAACGAUGGUGUAGCUUUUGUCACGUUUGAGUAUAACAAAGGCACUCAAGCAAUAAUCGGUGAUGGUCAUGGGAAGAAAACAUUACUUGGAACUGAGACGUUUGAGCUUGACUUUCCAAGUGAGUACCUCACUUCGGUGGAAGGUUACUAUGAUAAAAUCUUCGGAGUUGAAGCUGAAGUGGUAACCAGUCUAACGUUCAAGACUAACAAGAGAACGUCUCAGCCGUUUGGAUUGACUGCUGGAGAACAUUUCGAGCUUAAGGAGGAAGGUUACAAGAUCGUUGGGUUCCAUGGGAAAGCUAGUGAUGUGGUUCAUCAGAUCGGAGUCCAUGUCGAGCCCAUUUUCACCAAUUAUAGGAUUACGCUUUAGUUCCUUCAUUUUCUUUGAUGAUUUUGUAAAAUAAGGUCAGGUGACUCAGGUCCAUGGACCAUGCUUAUGGAUUUGUGUGUGUGUUUUAGUGUCACUGCUUUAUGCUAGCGAUCAUGUGAUGUUCUGCUUUGAUGUGACUCAGGUCCAUGGACCAUGCUUAUGGAUUUGUGUGUGUGUUUUAGUGUCACUGCUUUAUGCUA